CGGAGUUCCUCCUCGAGGCUGAGACACCCUUCACCCGGCAUCUGAUAUCUACAGCGGGAUGUCAUCCCCAAAGGAUCUGCCUGCCCUUAUAAAUGAGGACCUGCUUGACUUCAUCCUCAAGGAUGAUGUUCCCAGCCCUGAACUCCCAGAGGUGGAGAACGAUCUGAUGCAAGACUGGGGCUUGCUAGAGGACGAGGUCCUAGACAAGGACAUAGAUGACUUCCUCAGCUCUUUCAUGACCUCCUUUGAAGAUGAACCAGGCACACUACUGGAUUGUUUGCCUGCCAACAGUGACAGCGGCAUUUCUGAGGGUCAGCUUCCAUCCUGUAGCCCUGACAGCAACCUUGCCAGCGGCUCUUGGAGCUCAGGCGUUGUGCACGCUGACCACAACUAUUCCCUCCAUGCGCAUUGGCCUAUGCUGGAAAGCACGAUGUCUGACAUGGCACAAGGAGGUGCUUCCGUUGACCUGGGGACAGGGAUGGGUUUGGAAGGCACAAGCAAGGCACUGACACAGGAACAGAGCUCCAGUUUCCCCAUUGCUGUGGAUGCCGGACCACAGCUUUCCACAUUCCCAGAGCUGGUCCUUACAGAGGAGGAGAGGCAGCUCCUGGCGAAAGAAGGUGUUUCAUUGCCAACCCAUAAGCCACUGAACAAGACUCAAGAGCAGCUUCUGAAGAAAGUGCGUCAGAAGAUCCGGAACAAGCAUUCAGCCUCUGAUAGUCGUCGCAGGAGGAAGAUGUAUGUGGAUGACCUGGAAAACAGGUUGGCAGCCUGCACCGCUCAGAACCAGAAGCUGGAGAAGAAGGUGCAGCUGCUGCAGAAGCAGAACAUGUCACUGCUGAAGCAGUUGCAGAAACUGCGGGCCUCCUUGAGACAGUCCAAAACCAGAACUACAGUAACAACCUGCGGCAUGGUCGUGGUUCUGUCCUUAUGCCUUGUGGUCCCACGCAGCAUCCGCUCGCCUGGGAGGAGGGAGAGAAAGCUGGAGAUCAGGGUGCAGACACAGGGCAUCUGCAAGGUCCUGAACCAGGUAGCACCUGAUGUGCAGGAGGGUGCUGUGCUGGAGGAGCUCAGCUCACAGCCAGAGGAACCCUUGACAUCUGGCAGCCUCAAUCCCUCCGGGAAAGAGUGGCAGAGUGCUCCCAAUCCGGAUCCCAGAUCUUCUGUCAACAGCAACUCGUCCUCCAACCCUCCGAUGGCAGAAGGCUCUGAGCCGCGCCCUCCCCAGCCUCAGGAGCAGCAUGUCGAGAGCAGCCCUGUGCAAACAGUGGUGUCGAUGAUGUGGAAAAAUGGGAGGCAGGAGGAAAGGCAGCACGCUGCCACAGUUGUCAUCGAGCAUCACCGUGCCAAUGGGAUGUGAUCAGGCUGCCUCUUGCUUCUUGGGGUAAUGCCAGGCACCUUGCCAGGAAGGGGCAAAGAGCUACCUUAAUAGAUAAUCCAUCUAAGCAGAUUCUUCUGAAUACUCUCCCGAUUGCUGUCAGCUUAGAGGGUUUAGCCGGGAGGAGCAGUUUUAGGGUUGACCUGUUCUGACAUGUUGCUGUGUGUAUCUAUAGUAUGAUAUAGUAUAAGUCUAUCUAAGAUGGGAAUUUUGCUGUGACUUCUGAUGUGGCCUGCAGCCCAGAGUGUGUCCUGUGGCUUGCAGGGGUGGGCUGUGGCACGGGGGGGUGAAGGUGGUCGGGCCUGAGGUACCCGUGUUUGGUGUGAUUGGAUGCAGGUGGUGAUGGAGGCCCCUGCCCUGCUUCUUCCCUGCCCAGGUGGAGGUGAACAGGCUAGGUCCUGCAGUUCUUACCGUGACUGGUGGCUGCAAGCAUUUGUCCCUUGUCCCUUGUCCCUUCCUAUUAAUCCUGCAGCGUUGCCUGAUUUCUAGGUGUGAUAUAGUGAGCUGACCUUCAGUGCCCUCACAAGGGAGUGAUCCCGACAUUGCGACAGACCAUGAAUGUCGCCUGUUCCUGCUGCCUUCUGAGCCAUGGGCACAGCUUCCAGACUGGCUAGAGAAGGUAAUGUGGAGUCCUUCCUAAGCCAUGUCUUUCCCUUCAGUUGGGCCUUUUGUCUCCCGCAGCCCUGGGAGCAAGGGCUUCUGAGCCUCAGGGAGAAGGCACGCCUCGAACCCAACUGCUGAGGGUGUGUGGAGCAGAGAGCAGCAGACCUGCUUGCUCUUCUGACGGCUUUCCUGGCCACAGAAUGGUUUCAAAGCUACGUCCUUGUGUGCCUGAGCUUUGGUGCGUCGGCUGGUGAUGCAGUUAGCAGAGUGUUUUCCUCCCCAGGGCUGAGCAGAAACAUUUCAAGCUGGUGAGCGGUGUCUUUCCUGGAGUGCAGUUUAGUGGUACCUGUUGAGUAUCUCUCCUCGUCCUACUUCAGGGCAUUUCAUAGAAUCAUAUAGAAUAGUUUGAGUGGGAAGGGACUUUUACAGGUCAUCUAGUCCAACCCCUCCUUGCAAUGAGCAGGGGCAUCUUCAAUUAGAUCGAGUUAACAGAUAGUAAUUUCCUUAGUAAUAACUUCUAAAUAAAUACUAACAACGUGA